AUGAAGCUGGAGGGGCUGGAGAAAGGUGUGGCCCAGCAGGCGCCUCUGGGCUGCACCACCGACAGCACCCGGAUCGGGAGAUCACGGAGAAGGACCUGGGCCAGGAAGUGUCACAAGCAGGCGGGGCAGCACCCAGGACCUCUGUCAGGGUCGGUCCUGCUGCAGUCCAGUGCCCCGGACACAGCGGAGGGGCUGCCGGGACGGGAGGGCCCGCCCCCGCCCCCGCCCCCGCCCCCGCCCCCGCCCCCGCCCCCGCCCCCGCCCCCGCCCCCGCCCCCGCCCCCGCCCCCGCCCCCGCCCCCGCCCCCGCCCCCGCCCCCGCCCCCGCCCCCGCCCCCGCCCCCGCCCCCGCCCCCGCCCCCGCCCCCGCCCCCGCCAGGCUGGCCGUCGGGGCUCCGCCCUCCCCACUGCAGCGAGAGCGCCCGCCUUCCUGAGCGGACAGCCUUAACCGACGCCGGCAGCCGUUGCUGGACAACGGCCGUCGGCCCGUCCGCGGGGGCGGGCGCAUGCGCAUGCGCGCAGACGGGGGCACGCGGCUGCCCCGGGAGGUCGCUGCAGGAGCGGAGCCAGGUGGAGGGUCCGGGCACGCUGGGGAGCUUCUCUGUCCAUGCUUCUCACCGGGAGCCUUCGUAG